GCUCCCCUGUGAGGCUGCGGACCCAGAGCAGCGGCCGUAGGUCCAGGCGCCAUGGCUGUGGAGCGGACCCGGCCGCUGCGACGCUCUGGCGGCCCGAGCGCGCCUAGUCGGUGUGAGCCCGGCGCGAGGUCCCGGGCCCCGGGGCGCUCGCUCAGGUCAGUGCCGCGCGGAACACGGCUCCAGGAGCAGGGGACCAAGGGAGUCACGAACGGGCUGAGAGACUCGGAGUUAAUUUUAGACAGGAAAAUUAGAGCUAAGAGUUCCUGCCUUCUGGUGCUUCGGUUUUUCCUAGCCGCGAAACGAGUUAACAUUGAUGCCCCAAGGCUAGCACUUUAAUUAAUUAAAGAUGAUGAAAUGUGGACAGGUGGUUUAUAAAAUGCAGAACGUAGUAGUAUGUGUAGGAAGGCACCAUGCUUGUGUGUAUGCCUUGAAAACAGGUAAAUAUUUCCAUAACCUUAUGGAGAGAAAGGACUUUGAGACAUGGCUUGAUAACAUUUCUGUUACAUUUCUUUCUCUGACGGACUUGCAGAAAAAUGAAACUCUGGACCACCUGAUUAGUCUGAGUGGGGCAGUCCAGCUCAGGCAUCUCUCCAAUAACCUGGAGACUCUCCUCAAGCGGGACUUCCUCAAACUCCUUCCCCUGGAGCUCAGUUUUUAUUUGUUAAAAUGGCUCGAUCCUCAGACUUUACUCACAUGCUGCCUGGUCUCUAAGCAGUGGAAUAAGGUGAUAAGUGCCUGUACAGAGGUGUGGCAGACUGCAUGUAAAAAUUUGGGCUGGCAGAUAGAUGAUUCUGUUCAGGACUCAUUGCACUGGAAGAAGGUUUAUUUGAAGGCUAUUUUGAGGAUGAAGCAACUGGAGGACCAUGAAGCCUUUGAGACCUCUUCGUUAAUUGGACAUAGUGCCAGAGUGUAUGCACUUUACUACAAAGAUGGACUUCUCUGUACAGGGUCAGAUGACUUGUCUGCAAAGCUGUGGGAUGUAAGCACAGGGCAGUGUGUUUACGGCAUCCAGACCCACACUUGUGCAGCUGUGAAGUUCGAUGAACAGAAGCUUGUGACAGGCUCCUUUGACAACACUGUGGCCUGCUGGGAGUGGAGUUCCGGAGCCAGGACCCAGCACUUCCGGGGGCACACGGGGGCGGUGUUCAGUGUGGACUACAGUGAUGAACUGGAUAUUUUGGUGAGUGGCUCUGCGGACUUCGCUGUGAAAGUAUGGGCUUUAUCUGCUGGGACAUGCCUGAAUACACUCACUGGGCAUACUGAAUGGGUCACCAAGGUGGUUUUGCAGAAGUGCAAAGUCAAGUCUCUCUUGCACAGCCCUGGAGACUACAUCCUCUUAAGUGCAGACAAAUAUGAGAUCAAGAUUUGGCCAAUUGGGAGAGAAAUCAACUGUAAGUGCUUGAAGACACUGUCUGUCUCUGAGGAUAGAAGUAUCUGCCUGCAGCCAAGACUUCAUUUUGAUGGAAAAUACAUUGUCUGUAGUUCAGCCCUGGGUCUGUACCAGUGGGACUUUGCCAGUUAUGAUAUUCUCAGGGUCAUCAAGACACCUGAGGUAGCAAACUUGGCCUUGCUUGGCUUUGGAGAUGUCUUCGCCCUGCUGUUUGACAACCACUACCUAUAUAUCAUGGACUUGAGGACAGAGAGCCUAAUUAGCCGCUGGCCUCUGCCAGAGUACAGGAAAUCAAAGAGAGGCUCCAGCUUCCUGGCAGGCGAAGCGUCCUGGUUGAAUGGAUUGGAUGGGCACAAUGACACGGGCUUAGUCUUUGCCACCAGCAUGCCUGACCACAGUAUUCACCUGGUGUUAUGGAAGGAGCAUUGCUGACACCAGGAGCUACCACCGCUGACUGACUUUGGGUGCCAGGGCUGCGGGUUUUGGGUGCAAUGUCUAUGGCAGCCAACUGCAUGAACCAAAGUUCUCACCUAAAGGUAUCAUCACGCAGUGCACAAUCAUUUAUCUGUUUGCCAGGGCUGGGGCGGGGAGGGCUUGUUUACUGACAUACACCGCAGCAUGCUAAUGGGAUACACCAUUGACUUCAUUUGUACUUAGUUAUGUUGGUCAGUGUAAGAGAGGUUGCAUUUUUGGAUUUAUCUUUCUGAGUGGAAUAUUGAGUAAAGAAAGUUAAAUGAUUCACUAAUCUGCUAAUUGGUUGCCCAUAAAAUCACAUGGAGUCUGUUAUUAAAGUUUUUUUCCAAUAGCCUUUGUUCUUUGAAAUUGAAGCAAAGGUGCUAUGUUAUAGCAACUUUUCUCACAUGGGGUUUAGAUUUUAAAAGAGCCAUUGUUAAAACAUCUUUGAAUUCUGUGACAUUCAUUAACUUUCUACUAGAUCCCUUAAAUCUACAAAUGUCUUCCAACACAGAUCUGAGUCUGCUGGUUGACUGCACUGGGCUAUAACCCAUAGUUCUUGGCAGAGGCAGGGUUGGCUAUGUUAAGAUAUAAAGGUUUUCUGAAGCUUUAGUUUACAUGUAAAAAGCUAGUCCCUAACUGGCUGGUGGCACAGGUGACCUGGAGUGAUAAAGAGCUCUGAGCUGGAAAAUGAGUGUCUGGCAUUACUUCAGUCAUGUGCUUUUUCUGGCUUGUUUCCUCAGAUGUGUGAUCGGCUAAGAUUCCUCUAGGCUAAAAUAUACACUUGUACACACAUAAAUACACUGACAAUAAAGCAGAUUAAUCUGAUAAAAACUAUUUAAAACUAUUUCCAGGGCAGGGAAUUUCCCUAAUUUUUGAUUAACUACUAAGAAAAAAAUUACAAUUUUUUGGUGUAGGCUGGAGAAAUGACUCGGAUUAAGAGCACAUACUGCUCUUGUAGAGGGCCUGGGUUCUAUGACCAGCACUCAUGUCAGGUGUUUGCAAUGUCAGAUGUUUACAACUGCUUAUACCUGCAGCUCCAGAGAGAUAUAACGUUGCCUCUGGAGGUGUGUGUGCAAAUUCCCCCCCCCCUCCCAGACAACAGUAGAUAUGAAUUCAGGGCCAGCCUAGUCUGUAAAGUGCAUUCUGGAACAGCUAGGGCUACACAGAGAAACCAAAAAUAAAAUAAAUCUAAAAGCACACAACAGGAACUGGAGUGGUUCCAGUUAAAAGAGCUUACUACUCCUACUAAGACUAGGUUCAAUUCCCACCACCCUCUGCUCUGCCAGCACCAACAUACACAUGUUGCACAUAAACUCACACAGGUACGCUUACACAUACAUAAAUAACACAUCUUUUUUAAAAAAUUCAGGGCUGGGAAGAUGGCUCAGCGGGUAAGAGCACUGACUGCUCUUCCAAAGGUCCUGAGUUCAAAUCCCAGCAACCACAUGGUGGCUCACAAAUAUCUGUACAGCUACAGUGUAUUCAUAUACAUAAAAUAAAUAAAUCUAAAAAAA